AUGUGCGUAGGAGUUACUGAUCAGGGUAACUUCUAUCAACAGCACGAGAAAGACAUUCAACGAUUUUUAGAGAAGGAAAUAAAUUUCUCCCGUCUCCCCUUCUCGGUUGAAGACGUCACAAAGAAAUGUGGUGGACUGUUCUUGUACGCAUUCUGCGUUGUAAAAGAGCUACAUGAUCCGGCACAUUUAGGUAAAGUAACGCAGAUGAGUCAGCUGAAUGAUUUUCCAGAUGAUAUCAACGAGUUCUUCAUGCAAAAUUUCCAGCGAGUAUUUGACAAGGUAGGACGCGAUCUCUAUAGGAAACUCCUGGGCUGUAUCAUGGCCGCACCGUCUCCGCUUCCUGUAUCAUUUAUCGCCUUCGUUCUCAAAAGAGAGAAUUCAGUCUUUGAAAAGUAUGAUGUCAUAAACGCUGUUUCACAGUUUGUUGCUCAGCGAACUUCUGAUCGGACAGUCUCCUUCCUUCACAAUUUGAUCCCUGUGUGGUUAUCAGACGAAGGUAAAGCUCGGCUGCUCUUCGUUGAUAAAAAGACCGCAGAUGAGUACCUCAAAAAUAUUUUUUUGGACAUUCUUUACAUUGUUGUAGGUAAACCACCACCAACAUUAUCAUCUGAAUGGAUUGAUGGUGAUUUGCAGAACUAUAUUCUUCGUUUUGCAAUUCAUUUUUUGUGUCAAUGUGGUGACAAUGCGUCGCUGGAAGGGGUUUACAAGUUCUUAACGUCUUAUAUUUUUCUGCAGGAAAGAAUUAAAUUGGAUGGCUUUUCCCUACUCUAUGACUUGCGGCUAGCGGCUCACCGUUUUCCUCUUGAGAUGACGUUGGAACGAGAUGUCAUAAACACGCUCGAACACAUUAUUGACUCGACAUCUAUAGCUGUUAUCUCUUGCUCCCCCUAUGUUCUUAAAUCAGCUUUAAGUGUCUCAGACAUUGUCCGUGAGAAUAUCUGGUCAGUUCAUCAGUGGCAAUUGGAGAGGGUUUUUAAUAGUUCUCAUGAUUAUUACUACUUUCUAAGAAGUUUUGCCGUCACUUCUGAUAAGAAGUUAAUUGCAGGUGCACUAAGCCACCCUCCCAGGAUCUUCUUUCCUGAUGCUGUUACAGGAAAAACAGUCGCCGGCCCUUUCGAAAUACCAACUGAUGUAGCUGGGCGGGAUUUACUUUAUAGUUUAAUAUUUUCUCCAGACGACAAGUUCUUAUUUUUUGGACGACUUGA